AUGCCAGUGCACAUCCUGGAGUGCAAGGAGUUCACCCUCCACACUGGCUACGAGGUGCUUGUACAGCGGCUGUUGGAUGGGAGGAAGAUGUGCAAAGAUGUGGAGGAUCUGCUCAAGCAGAGAGCACAAGCAGAAGAGAGAUAUGGGAAAGAGCUGAUUCAAAUCGCCCGAAAAGCAGGAGGACAAACGGAAAUCAACACACUGAAAGCAGCAUUUGAGAGGCUCAAGCAACAAAUUGAAAGUGUUGGAAACUCUCAUAUCCAGCUAGCAGUAAUGCUGAAGGAUGAACUGAAAGGAAUAGAGGAGUUCCGAGAAAGACAGAAGGAACAAAGGAAAAAGUACGAGUCUGCAAUGGAGUGCAUGCAAAAGAGCAAAUUGUCCCAUUAUAAGAAAACAAUGGAGUCGAAGAAGACCUACGAACAGAAGUGCAAGGAGGCGGUUGAGGCUGAGCAGUCCUUUGAACGGACAAGUGCCUUAGGCAACCAGAAGCAAACAGAAAAGAGUCAGAACAAAGCCAAGCAAUGCAGAGAUGCAGCAAGUGAAGCAGAGAAUGUGUACAAACAGAACAUUGAGCAGCUGGAUAAGGUCAGGACAGAGUGGGAACAGGAACAUAUCAAAACCUGCCAGGUCUUCCAGCUCCAGGAGUGCGACCGCAUCACCAUCCUCCGCAACUCACUGUGGGUUCACUGCAACCAGCUCUCCAUGCAAUGUGUGAAGGAUGAUGAGCUGUAUGAAGAGGUCCGGUUAAGCUUGGAGAACUGCAUUGUAGAGUCAGACAUAGACUACUUCAUUAGGACUAAAACGACAGGAACACAGCCUCCAGAUGCAAUAGGAUAUGAGAGCUACUACAGCAAAGAACCAAACAGAAGUAACAGCAGUCCAACCCAGUCUUGUGGGAUGAUGAAGAGAUUUUCUGGACUCCUGCAUGGAAGCAGCAAACACAACACGGAAAGUGCCACUCCUUCAGCCCCUCCUCUUGCAGAGAAAACAGACGGGGUCUAUGCAUCCAUUUUUGACAAUCAGCAAGCUAGAAUCACGGCAUCACAGGACUACAGAGUACUUUAUGACUACACAGCCCAGAACACGGAUGAGCUGGACAUCAGUGAAGGAGACAUUGUAGUUGUCAUUGAAGAAAAUGAGGAUGGCUGGUGGACAGCAGAACGGAAUGGGCAGCGAGGCUUUGUGCCAGGGUCUUAUCUGGAAAAGCUUUGA